AUGGCUCCCCAGAACCUGAAUUUUACCGGUCAGGUCACUGGCAGCAAGAACCUGAGAGAAUACAAGACACACACUCACAAAAUUCAGGAUUCUCUGUUGAGCUCUAACAGUAGAUUCUCUGACUAUCACGGCAUUUUCAACUGGUGCAUCAUCAUGCUGAUACUUACUAAUUUGCACAUGUUCCUGGAUAACUGCAUAGAGUAUGGCCUCAUGGUGGACCUGGGUCAGGUGUUUUACCAUUUCCUGAAGGACCCCUAUAGCUGGCCGGCCACCUAUCUGAUUCUUGCUUCCAAUGUGUUUGUGGUGGCCGCGCUGUUCUUCGAGAGAUGGCAGGAAUGGAAAUUGACAAUGAGUAGUGGAUCAAUGCUGGCUCUCAUAGUUUACAUCGUCAUUGCACUCAAGAUCUAUUCCUACCACGAAGUCAACAGCUGGUUUCAUCUCUAUUACUUCUUGCUGGCACCUACUCUGUGCUACCAGCUCAACUUCCCUCGCAAUGUAGUCAUUCGCAAAUGGUUUGUGGCCUGUAGGGCCCUGGAAAUUAUCUUACUGAGUCAGCUUAUGAUAGCAAUGAUUCAGCAGGCUCCAAAUAAUUUUAUUUGGAUCAUUUUGUCCUACUGGUUCUGUCACUCUGUCCUCAACUUCAUGGGCGAGCUGCUAAAGUUUGGAGACCGGGAGUUCUAUGCAGACUGGUGGAACUCUGAUAACCUUAACAGGUUCUGGACUACCUUGAAUCUUCCAUUCCACAAGUGGAGUAUGAGGCAUGUCUACAAGCCCCUUCUCAUUCAAGGGUUUCCUCAGUGGCAAGCUCAGGUCAUUGUCUACAUGAUGUCUGCAGCUCUCUGUGAGUAUGUCAUUGCCAUUCCACUGGAGAUGUUCCGUUUCUGGAUCUUUGCGACAAUUGUUCUACAGGCCAAAAUGACUUUGUUGCUGGGCCGUUUCUUCAGUGGUAACUACGGGAACUGCUUGGUGUGGCUGUGCGUGCUCAUGGGCCCCCCAAUAGCAGUGCUGACCUAUUUGCAUGAUUACUACAUGCUAAAUAGAGAAAGCACUGCCUGGAGUUUAUAUUAA